AUGUCAAGACAUGAUAGUGAAAAUGGAAAUGAUGGUGUUCCUGAGCAAAAUGAUGUGACGGAUACCAAUGAAGAUAAUUUUACCCAUCAAAAUGCAGAAAGCGAACCGAGCCAGAUCGUUGCUACACAAACAGAGGUUGGCCCAGAGGACAGUACUAAGCAGGAGUCAGACUGUGCACAGGAGAUGAGAGACGUGGUCGGUGUUUCUUUUACCUCUGGUGAGGAAGUCCGCAUGAAUCAAGCCCAGCUGCGUCAAGAAGACGUCAACUCACAUGGAAGUGAAACCGUCGAGAAAUUACCAGCUGACGCUGUGGGCAAUUCAACAGCAACCGUAAAAGUCAUGCUGAUGCCUGAGGGAUACAUGAUGACUAAAGCCUUCACCAUUGGCCUCACCACCCAGGACCUGAAGUCUCAUUUUGCCCAAGAGCUCAGAGUCCCGUCAGAGGUCUUACAAAUCUCUUUUGAAGGUGAGAGUGUGGAGGAUAAUCAGACACUGGUAGAUUUGGGAGUCCAGCCUCAUGGUACAGUCCAGCUUGAGAUGAGGUCAUCUGACCCUGAAAACCACCCAAUCCGGCCUAUCAAACCCCAGCAGGAGUGCAUCAUGCCUGAUGUCAUCACUGUGCGUGUGCCGACAGGAGCAGAUGCAUUUCAGGAUGUGGUAGUGGAGAUAGAGAGAGCAACUAGGGGGAAAGCAUUUCUGGGAGGAUAUCGUCACAGAAUCACCAAGAUGGAGUACCACCAUGCUGCAGUACAAACCAUGCCUAAGAAAAGACCUGACAGAUGCAUUGAGAUGUUCAGCAGAGAUACACAGACAGUGAUCACUAAAAGCCAAGCUCAGCAAUGCAGCAGUAACACAUCCACACAGACAGCUGGAAUAGGCUGUUAUAUUUCUAACAUGAAGGACAAGCUCAUCACCCCAGGAACAUACAUCACAGCCGAACAGCACCACAGCAGGAGACUGAACGCGGUGAUAACCCUGCAGAGGUAUGUGAGAGCUUGGCAGGCGAAGCGUUUUAUGGCUCAGCUGAAGCAGGAUAAGGAGCAGCAUCAAGCAUGGAUAGAGAGUGAGGAGCGGAGGAAGAGAGAGGAGAAAGAUCAACAGAUUAGAGAUGAGUACAACAGGAGAAUGAACCCAGAGAACAAGGAGGAUUUUGCUCUACUCUACAAUGCCCUGGAGAAGUGGAGGAGAGAGGAGGUGGAGCAGAUUAAGUCAUCUCUCUCUGGUGAAGAGCAGAAGAAAGCACUGUAUGCUUUGCUGGAGCAGGAGGCACGACUCAUUGCUUCUAUUGGACGACACCAUAAUGAAGCAGGAGAGAGGAACCAGAAGAAAGCUACUGAGAACCUUCUCAACAAGUGCGCUGCCCCUAAGAGCUGGCGAACAUCCAAUGGGAAAACUGUUGAAAUGGACACGCAGUACACCAUCAGAGCUAAAGAGCUGAGAGACCUCUACACCAGUAUUAACCCCCCUUACUCCAGCCAGGAGGAGCGUUUAGAUCUACUGCUGUCUCUCAAACACACAGUCAAGGAGCAUGACUGUACACUGACCAGAGAGAUUGUGGAGUUGAUUGACAGGGAGGCGGAUCUGAUGAGAAGGGAUGUGAAGGAGAGAAAUCUGCGGGGACUGAGAGAGAGAAUCUCCACCCUUUUCCUUCAAUACAUAAAGACCCCCAUCUUCAACCCUGAAGUUUCCAAACACCUCAGAGUGUCUCAGGACCCUUCUCAGCUGAGACAGAAGAUGUAUUUCUGCCGUGCCUGUAGGAAGUCCCGGCCCUCCACGGAUUUUGCCCUGAACGUGAACACUCGUGUGGUGGGGCGCUGUCGUGUUUGCACAGAAACGGAUAACCAAGCACGACAGAGGGAGGAUUUCUCCCAAUACAAAACCAUCCUCAAACGCCUGCGCAAGACAGAGGAACAACUCAACCCAGACGCCAAAAUCAUCCACCUCCUGCAGGAACAAGACCUGAAAUACCUGGUGGAUCUCAUCUGGGAAGCCCAGUCUGCUCUCAGUGCCUGGGACGACCUGCAUGAUUUGGUGAUGGUUCGCUGGGACCGCUUUUGUCAGUGGAGCCCUUGGAACUGCAUCCUACUCACCCAGGACGAGGCUGCAUUGCACUUCAAAACGGAGAACAUUGAGCAGGCCUAUGGUUUGAUGUUUGUCCGUAGCAUCAAACACAAACACACGCUGGCCCAGAGGUACUUUUCACAGAUUCCUGCAAUGGCACAGUACCUCCAUGAUGUGGACUCACAACCAGCUGCUGCUCAUGGUGACCUUUUGCUCACAAAGCCCAUCACAGAGUUGACUGAGCAGUAA